CCGGGUGGACCCUCCCCUCGCGGGCGGUCAGCGAGCUUCCUGCCGCGCGGGGUGGGGGUUUCCUCAGGUCUCGGCACUCGGGCCUCGGUGCAGGGCCGACCGCCCUGCAGGGCCGGCGAGUUUCCGAGGUCAGAACCCGGCUCACGCAGCCUGGGCUUCAGGCUGACUGGGCCCGGCUUGGUGUCCAAAUCAGAGCGAGGAAAAGUCUCCAACGGGACGGACGUGCGUCCUGUGACGCCCACCCGCGAGUCCGAAACGGAGCGGGAGGGGCUGGCGCGCUGGUGGUCGUUCCAAGCGCUCGGGGUCUGGAGCCCCCAGGCGGGCCGCGCGGAGACGCGAUCGCCGCGUCCGGAUCCCUGCUGCCCGGCGGUAGCCCCUGACCUGGUCGCGGGCACCGCUCACACUCGCAAAUGCCUCCCCCCUCCCCCGCAGCUGGAGCGCGUUUCCGUCCUCCCGUUGCCCCCCACCCCCGACUGCAAAAAGAUAAGCUUCAAGUUUUCCACUCCGUGUCUCAAAUGUGCAUGGAGGAAUUUAACUGCACGAAUGAAUAACAGCAUUAGUUUCAAUUAAUUUUUUUUUAAACCCUGGCAACAAUAAACUUUGAGAACAAAAGCGCUUUUACGUCCUUAAUUAGGCGAGCUUCCCAUCUGUGGUCUCUAAGUGUCUGCCUCCUGAUUUAACUUCGUCUUCCGCCCCGCCCCUGCCGCACACCCUCCCGGUCCUGCCAGGCGGUUUGGGUUCCGCGGCCACCCCAGCCCCGCGGCGCCGCCGGCCUGGGCCCAGCCAACUCCGGCCGCCCCGAAGUUCACACCGGCCGGCGGGCUCCGCGGCAGGGCAGGCGCGCGCCAGGUGGCCCGCCUGCCUCCCUUCUGGCCCACCUCCUGGACAACUCGGCAGGCCCCCGGCUCUCUGGCCCCGGGGCUGGCGCCCUGGGCACAGAGCUGAAGAGAGUUCUCCAGCCGCCUUCUGUUUACCUUUUAUGGUUAAAAUAACAGCUUAGCAAAGAAGCGACUUCACGAAGAAGCGAUUUAGUGAAAUCGUCUCAAGCUGCCGCAGCUCAGCCAGUUUAAUCACCCCCAGAGAGCUGAACAACUGCGAGCACAAUGGGACACAAAAUCAUUUUUGGUGUCGGGGAAAGGGUCCUUGUCCAGCACAGAUGUGUUUGUCGGAGGGAGCAGUGGAGGUUCGCGUCAAGGCGUACAGCCUGGGGCUUCCAAUGAUGUUCUGGGCAGCGAUGGAAGCCUAGAUGCCUCACCGCAAGGAGCGGCCGAGCGGGUCCUCGCUUCACGCCCACGGCAGCACCGGCACGGCGGAGGGAGGAAGCAUGUCUCGGCUGUCUCUCACCCGGUCGCCUGUGUCUCCCCUGGCCGCCCAGGGGAUCCCGCUGCCAGCCCAGCUCACGAAGUCCAAUGCGCCUGUGCACAUCGACGUGGGCGGCCACAUGUACACCAGCAGCCUGGCCACUCUCACCAAGUACCCAGACUCCAGAAUAAGCCGCCUCUUCAAUGGCACCGAGCCCAUUGUCCUGGACAGUUUGAAGCAACACUAUUUCAUCGACCGGGAUGGGGAGAUUUUCCGCUACGUCCUGAGCUUCCUGCGGACAUCCAAACUGCUGCUUCCUGAUGACUUCAAGGACUUCAGCCUGCUGUACGAGGAGGCGCGCUAUUACCAGCUACAGCCCAUGGUGCGCGAGCUGGAGCGCUGGCAGCAGGAGCAGGAGCAGCGGCGCCGCAGCCGGGCCUGCGACUGCCUGGUGGUGCGGGUCACGCCUGACCUGGGCGAGCGGAUCGCGCUCAGCGGCGAGAAGGCCCUCAUCGAGGAGGUCUUCCCCGAGACCGGGGACGUCAUGUGCAACUCGGUCAACGCUGGUUGGAACCAGGACCCCACGCACGUCAUCCGCUUCCCGCUCAACGGCUACUGCCGGCUCAACUCGGUGCAGGUCCUGGAGAGGCUCUUCCAGAGGGGUUUCAGCGUGGCCGCAUCCUGCGGGGGGGGCGUGGACUCCUCCCAAUUCAGCGAGUAUGUGCUUUGCCGGGAGGAGCGGCGACCACAGCCCAACCCCACUGCUGUCCGAAUAAAGCAGGAGCCCCUGGACUAGGCCCUGCCUCAGUGUCCACCUGAGGCCCCUUGGCCCUAGGGACACCCCCAGGGACCUGGAAACAGUGCUGAGGAGUUCUGCCUACGCCUUCUUAGCAGUGGGCAUGAGACUGAGGGUGGGGCCGGAGGGUCCAGAGCCUGCCUGGGGAGCCCCAAGGCCCAGGGCGUCAUAACAGAACGUGGGAUGCUGGAGGCAUGCCCACCAGAGGACCGUGGAUGUGACCCAAAGAUGCCGAGGGGGGAACUCGCCGCCAGUCUUCUGGGCCCCUGGCUCCCAGCCUGGUACAGCACCCUUGAGGCUCUGCACGUGCAGAGGCAGGGUCAGCAGAGGCCGCCCUGGUCCACUCCAGAGGAGCUGUCCGUCUUUCUCCAUGCGGCAGACUCCAGUGGGUCUCCUUGCGUCAGAGAUGGCUUAUUUUUCUACAGUAUUUAAGACGGAAGUAAUUGUCAAUGCACAAGUCAGAGAGGCCGACAAGGACCCCUGCUUCUUUAUCUGGUGCUCAGCUCAGUGGGACGCGGCAGCAUGUCUGUGUGGGGGCGGUGGAAGAGCUGCGGGACCCUCUGCCCAAGUUCCUGCAGAACAGGACUUGGAGACUCCUGGUCUCUGCUCUAGGGACAGAGGGCAGGCAUGGCAGUGCCGUUGGGGCUGAAACACGGCCCGCACGGGGUGGGGCCGCUGGGAGGAGGGUGGUAUGGGCGUCGGGGAGGGACCACUCUGGGACCAUUCGAGAGCCUGUCUUUGCUGCCGCUUGGGGCACAGGCCACACUUGAGCGUCACUUGACCUACUCAUGCCCGGGGGCUUUGGUUUCUAUCUGUGUACACCCACACGGGCUCCGAGAGAAGUCACUCCCCGUCGGGAUCAGCACCGGGGCCACGCUGCAUCCUUACCUCAGGAAUGGGCCCCACGGUGAAGGAGCCCAUCUCUCAGCAGCAUCCUCUGGGUCCCCAGCUCAGGAAGCCGUCCUGCACUCUGAUUUUCCCACAGUCACCUGCAUUACUGAAUUUUUAAUCAAACUAUGGUUACACUAGUCUGCCAGUAAGACCGGGACACAGUCAGGCCUUGGGUUCUUGGCCCCAGAUUCCAACGAGGACUGCCUGCUAGAGUCCUUGCAGACCUGCUGCCUCCCAGAUGACAGGCCCAAAGAUGGACACCCUCUGUCUUGUCACACUUCCCCUCCCCAGAUGGCUCUUCCCCAGGGGCUGGAGAAACUGCAGAGAACUGCUGGGCGGGUGGGGCGUCCCGGCCGCCCCACCCCUUGUAUGAUGCCUGUAGACUUGUAUAUGACUCCUUUAAUAUUGUAAAGAUGCUGAUGUACAAUUGUCGUGUGUUUGUGUAAACACAUUAUGUUCCUAGUUCAUGCCAUAAAUGAUGCUACAAAGCGAAAGACUGAGGCUCCGUCCUGUGCCCAAGCGGGAAUCCAGAUUCCAGCAUUCCGUGCCCCGCAGGGAGCUUUGGGGAUGAGAUUCCUUGGGUUCCAGGGAGGAAAAACCAGCGGCGGUAGUUGGGGGAGGGGCAGGGACGAGGGUCCUGAGCUGGCUAUUUAUUGCUUUGGGGUGUUUCCUCACGGCUGUAGCUGUCCCCUCUGGGCAGCACAGUUUCUGAAUUCUGAUUCACAGCCCCUAACCAGAUAACAAGCUGAGGGAUGGCAGACCAAAGGUGUCCAGGGGAGCUUUUGACCCCAGUUUUCAGUGUUUGUGAUUUUUCCCUCUGGUUUUUUUGGUUGAGGGUUGAGAGGCUGAGGUCCUCUUUGGAGCACCACAGAGCAGUAGGAGAAGGUGGCAGUCCCUGGCCCAGGUCAGCCUGGAGACAUGCAGCCAGCGAAAGCAUGGGGAGCUGCCGGUCCCCCUAGGUCGGGGGGUGGGUUGCAGGGGGAGGAGUUGGAAUGUAUUCACCAGACGUCCACUUUUAAUGAGCCUGUUUGUAUUUUCCCUCAAAGUCCUUAUGUUCUAACUGAGCAAGAGCCUUUUCCCCUGCUGCUAGGGGCCACCAACCUCGCCCUGCCUGGAGGGCAUGCACAGCCACUCCUCUGAGGCCACAGAGCUGUUGCCAUCCCACCAUACAGUGAAUUUGCUGGACAGACUUGCCAGCCUUCUUUGCUCAGCAACAUGCCUACAGUUGGCACAUGGGCAUUUUGGCUUCUGAGGUUCACAUCUGAGAGGAGGAGAAAGUGUUGUGUUUAUUAGAAAGGAAGUCUGGUGAAAACAGCUUAGUGGCAUGUGCGUUUAUGGAUUUUUCUGGCAUGAUAGCCAGCAUAGUUGCCCGUUGGUGGAGAUCCCCUAACAUUUUCAAGCAAACAUAUUUGAUUAAACCAUUGUACUAAAAAAAAAAAAAACCAUAAAAAGAGUAACUACCUACCUUACUGAAUGUUUCUCUUAAUUAUUUCCUUACAAUUAAGUCAAACCAGGAAGUUUGAUUUGAUAUAAUCUAGGGAAUUUCUAAAUUUGUAGAGAAAUUCUAUGUUCCCAAAGUAAUGCUAAAAUUCUAAGAUAGUCCCCAUAAACAAUAAGUAAAAACAUUUUUAUACUUCCUGGAAUGAAUACACUAUAUUGUAAGUAAUCUCUUGAUCACAAGCCAGCAGUAUGAAUGUUACUUCUGCUCUUCAUAAAUUAUUCUUGAUUAUAAGCAACUGGACAGCUGACUGUGCCAAUACUUCCCUGUUUCCCACCAGGCCUCUCUGCCUGUGCAGGAGAGAAUUUGUCAAAGCCACAGCAGGAGAUGUUGGCCACUGUCCUGAUCAAUGGGGCUCAAAACCAGGUCACAACACUAUUAAGUUUUUUUUUUCCCCCCAAAGCUCCCUCUUGACUCUGUUCCAUAGAAUAAAUAAAGGACAUUUUAUAAAUUA